AUGGACAGCUCGCGGAGCGAGCGUGCGGGUGCCGCGCUUGCACCUGCGCCGCGGCCCAUUGAUACAACGCGCAUCCUGAACCUCUUCGGCUACGUGGGUCCCGUGGCGUCCCUUAUGACGCACACGUUGUUCAGCCACAGCUACAGCGGCGGCGGCGCCGCCGCGGCCGCGCCGGCGCCGCCGCGGGCAGCCAGCCAGGCCCUCAGAAGCCUCGCAGACGGCCGUGCGCGCGCGCGCGCGCCGUCAGACGGCGGCGUGGGCACAGGCGGGCGGACGCGGUUUGUGCUGUCGCGGACGGAGGACGCUAUUGAUUCGGUGCUUCCCUGUGCGGCAGAGCGCAUGUUCAAGCGGCCCGGCAAGUUUGGCAACCCAGGCGGCCUGCGGUUCACCUACGACGCUUGA